CUGGACAGUCGCCCGUGACCGUUGCUGUGCUAUUGGUCUGACCCUGGCCUCAAUGGAAUCAGCAGGAAAGUCAAGUUGCUUUUCCAGAAUAGUCUCAAAAUAUGCUCCGGUAACUUAUGGUGACUACUGGCUAUCUGGGACUGAUCUGGGGUGCGAUUCAAACUUCCACUGGUGCACCCUGAGCCGAGACUUCGUCCACCCUGAGCUCACUUGGAAGGAGGGACACCCUAAGCCUGGUCUGGACUGCGUUUAUCUCGAAGUGAGAAAUGGAUCCUUGUUGCUGGCCACCGAUGACUGUGCCCAAAACAAGAAUUUUCUCUGCGAAGUAAGGAAGAAGGGAACCUUCGGAAGGGCCAUGCAGACCGAAUGUGCAGAAACCUGGGACAUCACAAUUGAACAAAUCGAUCUUCUAAUGAACGUGAGCGCUUUUCUCACGGCAACUAUAUCGCUAAAUUUGAAGUGCUUUUUGAAAUGCGUCGGAGUGGAAAUUGGAAUGGUAAUCAUUAAACUGAAUUGA